CCGUAGUAGUCGCUUACACCGUUCACCUAACGCGCGACAACGCGUUCUAAAUCCGAACGUUUUGCCGGACAAAACACGAGAUUUUACUUAGUACAGUAACGUUUACGUGCGCGUUACAGUUUGUUUAUCUGUUUAGCGUAUCUGACGGUGAUAAGGGAUUGUUGGUUCGGUUUGUGAGAGUUUGCAGUAAAAUGGAGUGUCAUUAGCGAACAAGGGUUGUUCCCGAUCCCAGAGUAUCCGGAAUUCGAGUCGGGCCAAGGCAUGUGGUCUGCGGCCCUGGACGCUCUCCUGACGACCCUCCGCUACCUCGCACCGGCAACGUUACUCACCCUCUUCUGGGGCCAACAGAGUUUCCUGUUCAAGCUCUUGAAGUGCAUCGAUUCCGCUUUUAGGGCUGUAGUCUUCUCAAGCGAGGAGCAAAAGCAAGAGGUGCUAGAAUGGCUGGCAGAAGCUGGGCCGGUGAGAGUGGAACACCUAGACACGGUAUGGAGACACGGCUGGAUCCUGUGUGGGGUGCUCGACCAGGUCCUGCCAGGCGCCUGCGCGGGCCAUCCUCCUACCAGGCUGUCCUUGAAACAUGCGCAGGCGAUCGCGGACCAUUAUCUUGGUGUUGAACCGGUCUUCUCCCGUCAAGAGUUAGAAAGCAGUGACUCACUCAGCCGCCACCAAGAAUGGAAACUUGCCACCUACUUAGACCGAAUUCGCCAAGCUCUAUCCAAGGUGACACCCCCUGUCUCCAAGCCAACCUCCCAGAGAACAUCACCAGAAUCUGUUCAAGUCACCCUGGACUACGUCGCCAGAGGAUCAGGUCUCACUGCUGCUCAACUAAACAACAAAAUGCACUUCAAAGUUUACCCCACUUCCCAACAAUCUCUGGACCCAGGAGAUAUCACCAUACUAAUUCGAGGUCCAAAAGAUACAUAUGGAAUGUACAUCAUACCACCAAUAUUGGGAAAAGCGCAGUUGAUCAGACAGAAACUUUUGGGUUUACAAUCAAAACAAAGCUUCACUGAAAAUGUUCUGCCUCUCACUCAAGGAACAACUUAUAUGAGAAGUUAUGGGAAAAAUGACAUGAAUAAAACGUACCACAUCCCCAAAACAAAGUAUGAUGUGGAGAUAGGAGUUGAUGUACAACCAGAUCACGCUAAAGUAAGCUACAUAGUUACUCUAGAAGGGAAAUACGAAAUUUUUGUAACAAGCAGAGGCCAAAACAUUGUUGGUUCGCCAUUUUCUAUGACAGCUUCGAACAAUAUAGUAAGCAUUUUGGAAAAAGAAAGCUUUUGCCUAGAAGAUGGUGAGGAAAUCGACAUAGUUGACAUUAAGUCGGACAGAAAGGUUGUACUUAGAAUUGUUGAUUUCGUAACAGAGAAGAUGCUUUUGAAGGAGAAUGGGACUUUUGAAAAAAUUACCGACGACGAAGCGAAAAUUUUGAUGUCUACUGAUGAUUUAGCCAGCGAGUUUACUGGACUAGAGUCUGGAACAUGCAGCGUGGCUUCUACGAGAAGUGAUGAUGAUUUUCAGGAGAAAUCUUAUAAGUUUAACAAAGCAGCCUGCAAAAUAGUGCAGAUGAACCGUGUUUGCAAGAUAAUUACUAGCCUACUAGCUGAAAAGAAAUUGAAAGAAAAGUCUUUCAUACGACCGACGAGCCAACAGACUAUUCCUGACAUUGUGAACUCGACCCUUAUUGAUGCCAACGUCAAUUUGUUCACAAUGCCCGAAAAACGAGUGCUUAUUCCUGAAAACAUUUCCGUCUCUCUUCGAACCGAAAAAGCCAAAACGCUAUACGAACCCAAAAUGAAAGAAUCAAUAAUCGAAGAAGGUAAAAUUUUAUCAGAUGCUAAUAUUGAGCUUAUCCAUGCAGAUAGUCUAGAUGAAUACGAAAGCACACACGAACAAAUGGAUGACAUUUUAACAGAGCGACCUAACUCUUCUAGCAAUCCGUUCUUAAAUGACGUUUAUGAACAAAACUUUACUUUAGAAAAAGAUUUAGGCUCGUUCGUUAAAAUAGAAUAUGAAAGAAAUAAAAGUCAAAACGAAGAAACUGAAGAUCCACCAAUUAAGAUAUUGGUAGAAUCUGUUGGUAGCACUCCUUCACCUGUACCAACAGCUACCAACCCCUUCGUUGAACCAGAUAUCCUUACUAUGGAAAGACCUAAAACACCUGUUUUAAAAAUUAUUACAGGAGAAAUAAAAGAUCGUGACGACUCCGUUUACCUAGAUCCAAGGACAGAGCAGAUAACUGAAGAGUUGCUGGGGAACGAAUUUAUAAAUCCGUUCUAUCUACACCAUCAUCCACCCAAACAAAAUGAACGUUUUCCCGUAACCGACUUUAUCAUUGGAGCUCCAGUUUCAUUGCCUCCCAUCAUAAGGGCAUCUACCCCAGAGCCUACCAUGGACUCUAUCAUAAUUACUGAUGAAAAUAAAAAAGAAUUGGAAUUAAAUAAAUCAAAAGUUACGUUAAAAGACCUUGAAAACCAAGAACAAUCUUCCACAUUUUCGACUCCAAUACAUACAGUCGUCAGUAAUUUAAAAGAAAAGGAAAAAUCAGAAAAUAAUAACUCGUCUAGUCCAACGUACUACAGUUUAGACUCAAAUGAAACCGAUAAUGUCGAAAUUUUAAGUCUUUCAAACGAUAGUGAUAACCAGGAGCCAUAUGAAGCACUUCGUUCCAAACGAGACGAUACCCCAAAAAAAGAUAUAUGGGAUUCUGCUUAUGUAAGUAUUGACGACAAUAACAGUUCUCCCGAUAGCAAUAAUAACGAUAACAACGUAUACGAGACUCAUAGUAAACAGAAAUUUUCUCUUAGUGACGCCAAUUACAAAUUCGAUAAUAUGGGACCAGCAGAGAGAGAAAUUUGGGAAUCUUGUAAGGAACUACACGACACGAAAACAUACGAAGAACCAAAACCAAAGUGGGACUUAAAAAGGCCUAUAUUCACACCAAUACUGGAAGAAAGUGAUAGAAGUAUGUCAACAAGCAUGAAGGAAACUGCAAGGUCCGAAACAGUGACGAGCGCUGAAUGUCAUGCAGUGACAGUGGCAUUUGCUGAACUAAAUGAUAUAUACCGUAACUUCUAUCCAAGUGAUAGUGUUAAGAAAAUAACCAAGGAUUUAGAUUACACAUCUAAAGAAAAUGACAUGAGUGUCGAUUCUGCGUCUGCGAUAUCAGAUGUGAAAAGACACGCGGAGAAGUUAGAAGGUAAGAUUUCUGAGGUUCAGGCAAAUGUCACUGAAUCUGUAUCAGCAAGUCAGACCCUUCGUGAAAAUGACCUUGAAUACACAUCAUAUAAGAAGCUAAAUCAAAAUGAGGAGACUCAGUUUGGUGUUGAAACACAUUCAAAUAUAGUAUUAGAGAAAAAACAUUAUUGGGAUGAAAGGAUACGUGAAAUACAGGCCAAGUCAUCAGAAGAGGAUAAAACACAACAAAGUCGGAGAAAAUUAUCUGCAAAGCAUUUAAGACAUAACGAUUCUUUGACCAAACGUAGAGGAAAACAAUUGAUGAAAAAUGUCUUACGAGCUGAAAAGGAACAUGAAACUGAAACCGGUAACAAAGUUAAGGAAGUUGUAAACAGGAAGUCGCCGAUAUCAUGUGAUAAUGUAGAUAAGCACCAAGCUGACAUAAAGCUUGUAGAGAAGUGGAAGCAAUACUGGGAUAACAAACUAGAAUCAGAAAAAGAAGAAACUGACACAUUCUGUUUCAGAGCUAAAUCCCCUAGAAGUAAAGAUAGUUCAGUAUCCCCACAACUGGUAAAAUGCAGCACUGAAGACCUUAUCGAAGCCUAUAAUGAACCUUUAAAUAACAGAGGGAAAUCUCUACCAGCAAAACAGGAAUUGCCAGAGGAAGUAUUUAAAGCAUUUGAGACGAGCCCGAAAAGAUUCUUCGGGACAUCCAGAAAACAGAUUUUAAAUAAAAUAGAUACUUUUUUAGGAAAGCCAAGCACCGUCGAUGAAUCAACUCCAGAGCUCAGCGGUGUAGUUGAAGAAUACGACACUGGUCUAGUGUCCAGUCGCAUAUCUCUGUUCCAUAACAUUUCACAAACAGAAGAACCACAAUUAGCCAGAAGGAAAUGUCAGUCCAUGUUCAACAUAUUCCAGAGGCGGGAUAGCGAAAGAAACGUGGCAUUAGUGAGUGAAGAUCCAAAACCUAAAGCGAGCACUGAACAUUUGACUGGCAACCAACGAAAUAAACAAGUACUAGAACGAAAAUAUGUCACAAUUGAUACAGGAGAACUCAAAAAAGAGUUGGAAGAUAUAUCUAAAAAUAAGUGUGUAAAAGAUAAAAGAGCAAGAAUGGUACAAAAUCAUUAUGUUAAGACCGUUGACGACACAUCCCCUACGAAACCUUUACACUGGCAAGUAAAUGAAGUACAAGGAACGAAUGUUAAGAAAACUAUUAAAGGGUAUAACAAGCAAAGCGAUCCGAUACAAAAAUAUAAGAACCACAACAAUCUUCGCAAGUCUUCAAUGAGUAAAUCAGAAAUGGACAUUUUUACAAAGAUCACCAACAAACCGGUGGAAGACGAUUUAGAUAAAUACAAAUCAUGUGACGAACUGCCAAAAGUCAGUGUGAAAAACGUUAUAAGUCUUUAUGAAAGCGUUUCAAAAACGGAUGUCAAAAAACCAGUAAAACACUUGAGCAGGACAAGUAGCUUAAGGUUACAAAGAUUUUCGCCAAGCAGUUCAUCUACAGGAGCUGUUAACACAGUUGAUUCUGCACGAUACAUUUCAAAAAUUAACAAACCUACAUCGGAAACUGACGAAUCGACUACAGACUUAACACCAUCGCCUAUUAAUCGCUGGAAUAAAGAAGUUGAAAGCAUGAGUAGUGGCAGUUACGAACCGAGGAGCCUCGAUUCUAUUGAUAUCGACAUAAUUGCAACAAAAGAUCUAGAGAAACAAACAACUUACGUGAGUCUUUCCGAUAUAGAGUUAGAAAUAGUCGAAAAUGAAAAUAUUUCCACUGAGAAUGAGCCACUAAAAGAAAAAAUGGCGGAAACAGCACCCACAGAUUACAAAUCGCGGUUUAAGAUGGCUAAAGACUUUUUCAAAUCACUUGAAGAAAUAAGUGAAGAAAGUAAGCCUAAGAAACCAAAUGAAUGUGAACUACUACUGAUGAAUAAAUAUACGGAAUCUCUUGAAAACGAAAGAUCACAAAAAAGAGUAAAAAAGUAUAUUAAAUCCCAUUCCAUGCCAUCGUCCGAAAUAUCUAAAAUAUGGAAACAACUGCAAGAAAGUCAGGACAGUUCAAACACCAACAAACUUGUAAAGAUUUCGGAGAAAUUCAACAUUGAAGAUUUGUUCAAUGACGUCACCGAAGGCAAACUCAGUCGACAAGGUAGUUUAAGAGGAAUACCACAUAAAAAAGCAGUGCUAGAAGCAUUUAGAUCUAUGGAAAACCUUACUGAUGCAAAGAUAAGUUCUUACGAAAUGGCUGUAUCGCAACUGAAUGAAUUCGCAAAAGAAAAUCAGAUAAAGAAUGCACAGACUUAUUUGAGUGAGUAUCCAUACUUGCCCAAGACUGAUCCGUCUAAGUAUCAUUCAAGAUUGGACGCUAAAGCAACUGGUCUUGUUACAUUGAAAGAGUUACAUAAUCGAAAGCCUAGAAGAAACAGCGUGCCUGAUUUAAGACUGAACCCAACAUUCACGGUUCAGUUAUAAACACUGUAGAUUUUAUAAGACAUUUUCUAAGGUCCCGCGUAGUAUUAAGUAGCCCUUAGAAGAAGAAAUGUAACAUACAAGAAAAGAUUUGCCUGCGACUAUGCUUUAGUGGUACAUAAAGGUAUACACACAUUUAGGCCAGGAACGAAUGUAGAUAUAAGAAUAAUUUACAUGCUAAUCGUUUGCUGCUUUUUCAUACGAACAUCCACGCAUGUGCGUAGUAUCACACUACCAAUGGAACCAUUACAGCUGCUAGAUCUACCAGACCAGUCUACUUAGAGUAUAAAAUGACAGUAUUUUACUAGUACCUAAAGAUUAAGUUAAUACUCAUAAGAAAAGGUUUGUUGUGUUUUUGUUCGUCAAGUUUUUGAAUUAUAUUGUCUCCAUAUUCGAUCGUUGAUCAUCACUUCAUGAUCAUAUUAUUGUCAUUUCUUCAUCAUCACCAUUUUCAUCAUAGCUAAGCUAGUGCUAGAAUUGUACAAUUGUACAGACACUGAAUCUUAUCGUUAAGUUUUAAGAGUUAAUUGUAAUCUAUUUAUUCUGCAAUAAAAUUUUAUGGAACA